UAGUAAAACCUAGUAUAGUGUGUCAUUCCAUGUACUUCUCCAAUUGAUCUAAAAUUCCGCCCCUGCAAAACCCUUUUGAAAUUCUUCGAUUAUGGAUUCUGAAACUUCCAAAAGAAUCGAAGAAACAGUACUCGAUAUCCUCAAAUCCUGUAAUUUGGAUGAAGUUUCGGAGCAGAAAAUCCGAAGAAUGGCUUCAGAAAAGCUAGGGCUUGACCUUUCUGACCCGACCGGGAAGAAAUUUGUCCGGCAGGUGGUGGAGAAGUUCCUUGCUGAAGAACAAGCAAAACGUGAAGCAAAUGCGGAUGAAGUAAAGGAGGAGGAGGAGGAGGAGAAUGAUGAAGAAGAGGAGGACGGCAAAGUGAAAAGCGCCGGUGAUAAGGAGUACGAUGAUGAUGGCGAUCUCAUCGUUUGCCGAUUGUCGCAUAAGAGAAGAGUGACUGUUACUGACUUUAGGGGGAAAACUCUGGUGUCGAUAAGAGAAUACUACAACAAAGAGGGCAAGGAGUUGCCUACUGCUAAAGGGAUAAGUUUGACAGCUGAGCAAUGGGCAAUGUUUAAGAAGAAUAUUCCUGGAGUUGAAAAGGCCAUCAAGGAAUUGGAGUCAAGGUCUUAGUUUAGUUUUUUCCUUUGGGUUACAUGCAGUAGUAAUAUCUGAAGUACUUAAACAGUAGGAGACAUGUUCUUUCGGGUAAAUUGGUUACAAACAGUAAGUAAAUCCUGGUUACAUGCAUUAUUAUGCCUGCUCUUUUGGGUAUACAGAUGUUCUCUAAUUUGAGGCAGCUGAUUUUUGGAAAGACUAAAGAGAAGUUCGUAAAUUCCUCAUAUGAUUUUACAUGACGUAGAAAUAGGUCGCUUUUCGACCGCGUCUUUGAAAAGUAGCCAUUGUCAUUGUCGUUUCAAAUUCCACAGGUGAAAUUCCAUUGACAAUUGUGGAAUUUAUAACUUCAUAAUGGUUGUGAUUUAUGGUUAUCCGCCAAACUCAGUCCAUUCUGGAAAAUGGCUAUUCAUUCGUGUUUCACCUUUA